AGAAUCACGCCAUAUAUGUAUUUCGUCGACCAUGAUUUGCUCUACUUUUGUUCGAAACAAAAGCUAAUCAAGCCAUCGCUGUCCUUUCUUUCUCUUUGAACGACAGGGAAAUGCAACGUUGCCUUGAAACAUCGUGAGCAGAUCGAUCUUCACUGGAAGUAUUCGAGCUGCAAUUUGGUGUACUUUACAUAGUGUAUGCUUGAAGUACUCGCGUAAUGUGAGCUCCCAAUCUGUGUUCGAUCGCUUUAUUUGCACUUGAUGGUUCGUGUACAGGAAUUGUGUAUGCAUAAAUUGAAUAUCCGCGAAGGACGCCCUCCAAGGAUGGAUCGGUAGGGAAAAGUCACUUCCCACAAAACCGCAGAUUAAUCGAUAAGGAUUUUACGAUCUAAUCCACUCCGACCUAGACAUCAAUUUUGUUCCUUCAUUCGGGCUAGACACGCCUAAAGGUGCGGACACACCCAUAUUCAAAUCAGAUGUAAGCGGGUGAAUCGUAAUUGGAGGCAAGUUUCCCUUGUUUUUUUCAUUCUCCUUUGAAUGUAGAAAUUCUCUUUGAAAGGGACUCUAGAUAUCGUGGAUUGACAUCAAAGACAAUUAUUUGAAAAGAUAAUUCCCAAGUGAUCUGAACGUGGGAAGUUGGUCGAUUCCUAGACCGAAUGAGCCAUGCAAUCAUUACUUGCCACGUGUGACAAGUCUAGUCGAUUUUUGAAUGGCGUCCAGUACACCACGGACGAUAAACCGAAUCAAGACAUCACAAAGCUAUUCACAGGUUCGUAUCUGUUCAACAACAUCACUCCUCGUCUUGGCAUUUCUCUGCUUCACUAGUCGACCCUCCACAGGGCAUGCAUUACCAUCCUCACUCAAACAAAAUUCUCCAUACUACACAACCCUAUAUAAUCAAAGAUCGAGUUCGAGUGGUGAGAGUGAAAGGCCGUUGGAUGUGGCAUCUCCCGCAUCAAUCCGGAUCAAGCGAGAAGGGUUCUUUGAUUUUGGGAGCUUGCCCAACAUGAUGCGCGGCUUUGCUCACUCAGUGGGCAAAGGUUUGACCAACAUGAUGCACUCCGCAGGAAGAAUGGUGAAUCAUGUCAUGUAUGGUGGACAAUAUCGACCUAUCAGUACUCGACCCAUAGGUCACCAAGGUCCCUAUCAGGUGGUGGAAUCCCCCGGAUCACCGCAUCACCCGCCGGCACCGUCACCUGCUCAACCCACCGUUCACAUUGCUCACACCCCAGAACCGAUUCAACCGGCCGCUGGCAUCGAAGGUUAUGGCUCACCCUCGGCCGGUCCAAUACAGCCGGCCUUCAAGCCAGUCGUCCAACCCCCGUACGAGCCCUCGUAUCAACCCACCUUCGAGCCCCAGCCCACUCCCUUCAAGCCUUCUCCCAUCACACACCACCAGUUCAAACCCAUUUCACCCAAACCCGUCACCUUCAAACCUCGCCCUUUCAAUCCUCCCGUGAGUGUGUCGAAGCCACAUAAACCCUCCAACGGGUUCGCCUCCUCGUCAUUUGGCCCAUCUGUACCCGCUUCGAACUCUUAUAAGCCUGCCCCUCAAUCAGGGAACGGGUUUUCCUCGUCUUCGUUUCCUUCCACGUCGUUCUCUUCGUCUUCCAGUCACGGUUCGAGCUUCAACAAUCAGGGCUCUUCAAGUGGGUCGUCCUUUGGGCAUGGGAGUAGCCAAGGUGGCCAAUCGUCGUUUGGAUCGCAAGUUUCACAUGGUGGCAGCUCGUCGACCUCUUCGUUUCAUGGCGGAACCUUGGGCGGGGUCCAGACGUCCUCAUUUGGAGCCACCUCCUCCUCGUCGCCCUCCUCUCAGGGAAGCAGCUUUGGCGGUCAGUCCGUUUUCUCGCAUAGCAACCUUGCUCCAGCAGGACAAUCGAACCCGUUCUUGGGCUCGCAGUCCAGUUCACCAGGACACGGUCAUGGAAGCAGUGCAACCCAGAACCACGGCCACAACCCCGCACUCGACAAGCCACACCAUGACCCGGCCUUGUCGACAGAUAUCGCUCAUGUGCUACGGAUUGCCAUGAAAACCUUGUUCUACGGGGACUUGGACGCCUUCAAACACAAACCUCCGAAAGACGACGGAAGACCGAAGAACAAGAACAAGCAUGGAACCUCUAAUUUCGUGAGAUUUCUACGGUUCUGAUUGGUCAAAACUUGACGAAAUCUUGCUCAGAGAUGCGUGCGUGUAAUUUAAAUAGCUUAUGAACGAUUUGCGUGUUUGCUCGUGUGUCCACGAGUAUUUUUUGCGACAAUACAGUGAAAUGUGAUAAAAGUA